GCGUAUAACUUGUCUCCACCCUUAACAGCCAAAACACUAAAUCACAGCCCCCUUCCCCCGAUGGCAAUCCUGUCUCCUUCAGUUUUUCUCAAUUUUCGAGGAGACCAGUUACGCUAUGGGUUCGUCAGUCACCUCCUCGACGCCUUUCAAAGACACGGGAUCAUGUUCUUCGUAGAUAAAAAUGAGCAGAGGGGAAAAGACAUGACAAACCUCUUUGUAAGGAUCGAAGCAUCGAAGAUCGCGCUCGCAAUUUUUUCAAGCAGGUAUGCAGAGUCAAGCUGGUGCAUGGAUGAGCUGGUGAAGAUGAAGAAGUGUGUCGACAAUGGGAGCCUCCAAGUGAUUCCUAUUUUUUACAAGGUUAGGGCAAGUGAUGUGAAUAGGAAAACAGGCGAGUUUGGUGAAAAAUUUUGGGCACUAGCAAGAGUUUCUAGUGGAGAGCAGAUCAAGAAUUGGAUGGAAGCCCUAGAAUGUAUCUCGGGGAAGAUGGGUUUGUCCUUGGGAGACAAAAGGUAGACUCGUGCUCUUUUUUUCUUUCUUUCUUUUGUUUUUAGGGUUUUUUUUUCUUAAAGUUUUUUUGGUUUUGACUUUUAUAAGAAGAAAAAAAACAACAUAUAAGGAGAGUGGAAUACAACGACGUUUUGCAUUGUUUAAAGUUUUUAGGGGUUUUUAGACCAGUAUUUAUACUCAUCAACAAUCCCAAGAUUGGGCAUGGUUAACUAAAAUAUGAAAUUGAUACCAAACAAGAACCAAAUCAAAAGCAAAAAAAAAAGGAAGGAAAACAAGUAAGAAAAUUCUGCUGGCUCUCAGAAAACCACAAGAAAAUUCUGAUAGCUCGGAAAACCACCGCCAAAUUGAGUCAAAGAAUACAACGGUUUCGAAAACAUUUUUUAUUUACUUAUGAAUUUCGGAACGGACAAUUAUUCAAAGAGUGAAAUAUUUAAGUACUUAAGCGAUUAUGUUUAUUGUUGAAAUGUUGGUCAUUUAAAAUUCACAUACGUAGACGAUUUAUAGUUAAGAGAAAAUGACGAAAGCCACUGUAUAAAUGUAUCACAGCCUGAUUGGCUACAAAAAGGUGUAGUAAGAAAAAUAUUCAUAACUAUCUUAUUGAAUCGUAAACUUAUGACCCAAGACAAUGAUCCCAAUGAGAACUCACUUUAUUAAGAUCUCAAACUCAAACUCAUAAGUUAUGCCACAAUCAUAGUAUCUCUUUUUUUUUUUUUGCUAACCGAGUAUCCUGGCCCCACCGAAAUGGUCCAGACUAUAGACCGAAGUGAGUAUGGAUGCUGCCAGAGCGUCACCAUGUGGUUCACCGUGUAACGGUCUUUGGUCUCGGAUGCUGCAGCCCAUAUGUAAAUUCUACAGUGGCCAAGGCUCGAACCCAGGGGCGGACACUCUAGCUGAAGCUCCUAUACCACUAGACCAAAGCAACUUGGCUUCAUAGCAUUUCCUUAUAUAACAUUUUUAAUUCCUAAACUCAUUAGAAACAUAUCUUAUAGAUAACUCUCAAUCUUUAUGAUCCUAAUCUCAUUAAGAUGUGUCAAAUGGUGAGUUCAAGCUUAAGUCAACAUUCUCCUCCUUAAGCUUGAACUCACCAUUUGACACAUCUUGAACUCCAAUGAGACUUCUCAUGUCUUUAAACUUGAUUCUCCCAAGUGCUUUGGUUAGUAUAUCAGCCUUCUGCUCUGUCACGGCCACAUGCUCAACGACCACCAAGCCUUUUUCAACACACUCUCUUAUGAAGUAGAACCGUGUGUGUAUGUGCUUACUACGUCCAUGAAACACAGGAUUCUUGGCAAGUGUGAUUGCUGAUUUGUUAUCAAUACGAAUCACUGUUUUUCUGACUCCAUCUUCAGUAAUCUCUUCAAGUAACUCCUGCAGCCACAAAGCUUGUUUUGCUGUCUCUGUAGCGGCCAUAUACUCGGCUUCACACGAGGACAAAGCAACAAUUUCUUGCUUCUGAGAGCACCAAGUCACAGGACAAGAGUUUAAGUAAAAGAUAUGACCUGUUGUGCUCUUGCCAUCGUCGGGAUCCACAUUAUAGCUACUGUCACUGUAUCCUAUUAGUUCCUUCAUACCGUUGUUUCCAUAGAAGAGCCCUAGAGAGCACGUUCCCUUCAAGUACCGAAGGACUUGUUUCAUUGCAGCUCCAUGCGAGCUUCUUGGAUCAUGCAUGUAACGACUUAAUACUCCAACACACUGAGGAAGAUCGGGUCUAGUAUCGAUCAAGUCGCGAAGACAGCCAAUGUUGCGUCUAAACUCUCUCUCGUUUAUCGUUGACUCCUCUGCGCCUUUACAAAGCUUUAACCCUGGCUCCAUUGGAAUAUGUACAACGUUACACUCAGACAUUCCCGCUUCUUCAAGUAUUUUCAUAGCAUAUCUCUCUUGUUUCAGCACCAAUCCAACUUUAGUCUGGAUAACCUCAAUGCCAAGGUAGUAGUUAAGUUUCCCGAGAUCACUCAUCUCGAACUUACUUCCCAUCUCUUCUUUAAAAACUCGUAUGUCGUCAAUCUCAGUUCCUGUGACAAGCAAAUCGUCAACAUAGACUGCAACGAGGAGAAGUGAAUGUUUUGUCUUUCUCUGAUACAACGAGGACUCCUUGGAACAACGUGUGAACCCAAGCUCUUUUAGGAUCUGAUUUAGCUUGCUGUUCCAUGCCCAUGGGGCUUGUUUCAAGCCGUAGAGGGAUUUAUGCAGUUUGUAUACCUUGUGUUCGCUUCCUUUUAUCUUGAAUCCUUCUGGUUGUGAAACGAAUACUUCUUCUUUUAACUCACCAUGAAGAAACGCGGUUUUCACGUCGAGAUGAUGUAUCUCCCAGCCACUAGACGCAGCCAAAGCUAUGAUUACUCGUACCGUCUCCAACCUUGCGACUGGAGCGAAUACUUCAUCGAAGUCAACACUGUGGCGUUGCACAUAUCCCUUACCCACUAACCUUGCUUUAAACUUGUUAACACUACCAUCCGCAUUACGCUUUACCUUGAAGACCCACUUCAACCCAAUUGCUUUGCUUCCUUCCGGUAGAUCGACAAGAGUCCACGUUUUAUUCUUCUUAAUAGAAGUAAUCCCUUCAUUGCACGCAUUCCUCCACACCUUCUGAUCUUUGGCCCCAUUCAAAUGUUUUUUUUUUUUUUUUUUGAUAAAGGGCUUGCCCCAUUCAAAUGUUUCAUGGCCAUGGGGUCAACCCCGGCUUUGUCUCUACACUAAGUCUCCUCCACAAAUCUUGCCAUUACCUUCCCUAACAUUUAACUUCGUUGUUACGCUUGUAUAAAUUUCAUCAGUUAUCCUGAACUCAGCUUGCGUAUAACUUGUCUCCACCCUUAACAGCCAAAACACUAAAUCACAGCCCCCUUCCCCCGAUGGCAAUCCUGUCUCCUUCAGUUUUUCUCAAUUUUCGAGGAGACCAGUUACGCUAUGGGUUCGUCAGUCACCUCCUCGACGCCUUUCAAAGACACGGGAUCAUGUUCUUCGUAGAUAAAAAUGAGCAGAGGGGAAAAGACAUGACAAACCUCUUUGUAAGGAUCGAAGCAUCGAAGAUCGCGCUCGCAAUUUUUUCAAGCAGGUAUUGUUAAGAUACCCGAUCUUUUCAUGUUUCUCAUUCAUUUCAAAACAUGUUGGAAUGUUUUGCUAUCAUGCAAGCUCGAUGCCCGUCCCUGCUAUAAAGCAGCUAAAGCAUCUGCUUUAGGCCACACAAUAUAAAACAAAACAUUAAGGACAUAUGUCACUGAGUAAUAGUUAUGUGGUUUAGUAGUUUAAUUUGAGUUAGCAUCUCGUAGUUUCGAUCCUCCUUUUUUGUCCAACAUAGUUUUAGUUUUUACCAUUCGAUGACUUUAUACAUUUUUCGUAUUGAUUGAUUGUUACUAUUUUAUUGUUGGUAUUUAUAUAAGAGGCCGCAUAAUUUUUUUGUGCUUUAGGCCACCCCAAAAUUUGGGACGGCAUAUUGAUUGUAUGGGGAUAAAUCCACAGGUAUGCAGAGUCAAGCUGGUGCAUGGAUGAGCUGGUGAAGAUGAAGAAGUGUGUCGACAAUGGGAGCCUCCAAGUGAUUCCUAUUUUUUACAAGGUUAGGGCAAGUGAUGUGAAUAGGAAAACAGGCGAGUUUGGUGAAAAAUUUUGGGCACUAGCAAGAGUUUCUAGUGGAGAGCAGAUCAAGAAUUGGAUGGAAGCCCUAGAAUGUAUCUCGGGGAAGAUGGGUUUGUCCUUGGGAGACAAAAGGUAGACUCGUGCUCUUUUUUUCUUUCUUUCUUUUGUUUUUAGGGUUUUUUUUUCUUAAAGUUUUUUUGGUUUUGACUUUUAUAAGAAGAAAAAAAACAACAUAUAAGGAGAGUGGAAUA